AUGUACGCCAAGGCUGUUCUCGCGGUUCUAUUGGGCUCCGGCCUCGUGUCGGCUCAGCUCAACACCCUUGCCGUCCGCGCCGGUCUGAAGUACUUCGGCACGGCCGUCGAUGAGCGCCGCACAACUACGGAUGCCGCCUACAUGGCAAUUGUGAACAACACUGCCGAGUUUGGUUCCCUGGUACCUGAGAACGGACAAAAAUGGGCGUAUACCGAGCCUACUCAGAACACCUUCUCUUACACCUCGGGAGACAUUAUUCCGAAUAUUGCAAAGGCGAACGGCCAGAUCCUGAGAUGCCACACCUUGACAUGGCACUCUCAACUCCCCAACUGGGUCUCGAGCGGAUCAUGGACAGCAGCAACCCUGACUGCCGUCAUCAACACGCAUAUUUCCAACGUUCUAAAGCACUAUCUCGGCCAAUGCUACGCCUGGGAUGUCGUCAAUGAAGCAGCAGCAGACGACGGAAGCUGGCGCACCAGCGUCUUCUACACCGUCCUCGGCACCGACUACCUUCCCAUCUCCUUUAGAGCUGCCAGGGCUGCUGAUCCCAAUGCCAAGCUCUACUACAACGACUACAACCUCGAGUACAACGGCGCAAAGACCAACCGCGUCUACGAAGCCGUCACCAUCGUCCAGAACGCCGGCGCACCUAUCGACGGUGUUGGCUUCCAGGGCCACUUGAUCGUGGGCUCCACCCCGGGCCGCAGCGCCCUCGCGACCGCCCUCCGCCGCUUCACCGCCCUCGGUCUCGAAGUCGCCUACACGGAGCUCGACAUCCGUCACUCCAGCCUGCCCGCCUCCAGCGCCGCCCUCGUCACACAGGGCAACGACUAUGCCAACGUCGUCGGUUCCUGCUUGGACGUUGCCGGGUGCGUCGGCGUCACCAUCUGGGGCUUCACCGACAAGUACAGCUGGAUCCCUGAGACAUUCAGCGGUGCCGGUGAUGCCCUUCUGUGGGACGCCAGCUUCAACAAGAAGCCUGCGUACACGUCUGUUUCCUCUGUACUUGCUGCUGCUGCUACUGGUGCCGUUCCGACUACGACUUCGCGCGCGACGACUCUGAUUACGACUACUACGUCUGCUGCUGCGACUACGAGUAGUGCUGCCUCUGGCGCCGGACAGGUCCGCUGGGGCCAGUGCGGUGGUAUUGGCUGGACCGGGCCUACUACUUGCCAGUCUCCUUACGUCUGUACCAAGUCGAAUGACUACUACUCUCAAUGUCUCUGA